UGCAGCUUGGGGGCGGGGCUUGCGCUACCGUUGGCGGACAGAAGGAGCGGAGCCUGCAGUCGGGUUCGUCCGCCUGAACGUCGUGUGUCUGGGUUUCCAACAAAUGGCAACAACCGCAGAAGACGUGCGGGAACCGGCGGACGUCGCCGCACCGUCCACGCACCUCAGCGGCACCCAGCACCACAACAGCAACAACAACAAUAACAACAACAACAAAGACACAGAGGCGGCGGCGGGGGAGAGCGCGACCUCCGCCACCUCCGCAGCCUCCGAACCCGGCGGAACGGCGGCGCAGAGCAUCGGCAACGGCUCGGUCAUCAACAACAACGGGGGGGACAACGGCAAGUGGGUCCGGCUGAACGUCGGCGGAACGGUGUUCCUCACAACGCGGCAGACCCUGCUCAAGGAGCAAACUUCGUUCCUGUACCGGCUGUGCCAGCAGCAGGACCUGCACUCCGACACGGAUGAGACUGGAGCCUACGUCAUCGACAGAGACCCCACCUACUUUGGCCCCAUCCUCAACUAUUUACGGCACGGAAAGUUGGUUUACAACAAGGAGCUGGCGGAGGAAGGUGUUUUGGAGGAAGCUGAGUUUUACAACAUCACGCCGCUGAUCAAACUGAUCAAGGAGCGAAUCGUUGAGAGAGACUCUAAAGCCACACAGCAGGUUCCACCCAAACACGUGUACCGGGUUCUGCAGUGCCAGGAGGAGGAGCUGACCCAGAUGGUCUCCACCAUGUCGGACGGCUGGAAGUUUGAGCAGAUGGUGAACAUCGGCUCCUCCUACAGCUACGGGACGGAGGACCAGGCCGAGUUCCUGUGCGUCGUAUCCAAGGAGCUCCACACACCCGGGUCGGGUCUGGGAACCGAGCAGAGCCACAAAACCAAGCCGCCGGAGAUGCAGGAGGAGGAAGCAGCCAAGGAGGAAGAGCAGGAAGAGGAGGGAGGGAGAGAAACCACGGCGAAUGAGUGGCUGAGAGAAUGAGCGAGUCAUGUUUCUUUGUUCUGAAGGGAGGCGGGAAUGGCUUUUCCAGAUCCACGGGUCCCGCAUGUAGGAGCGCCCCCCCACCACAAGCCUCUCCCUAAGCCCCGCCCCCUCCGAGGGCCAGAACCCGGAUCUCAUGUCAUCAAGACCCAGAACAGUCCUGCUCAGCUGUAGCAUCGAAUCGUCAUCCGGUCAUUUAAAACAGAAACAAAAGAGCUUAGUAAGUCACAACCAAAGAUCCACAGCCGACCGGAGGUCAGAGGUCGGCUCUGACCCGCGGUUCUGACCCGCUGUGCAGCUGCUGACAGGCAGCGUCUGGACCCUGACAGUCUGUCAGUUCUCUGUCCUCGCUCCCCCCAGCGAUGGAGACAGCACUUCCUGUUUCUAUGACAGAUAGAAAAGUCAACAAACCCGUUUUAGCUGUAAUAAAAAAACAAUCUGAGAAGAUGGAGGAGAUGAGACGAGUCCAAUCAGGCUGCGUUUCCAUUAGCAAUAAAAGUACGCAAAUUGAAAUUAUGGAAAUAUAUUUGUGUAAUGGAAACAGAUAAAAAAAACAUGUUUUGGAUAGAAACUUUUAGUGUAGGAUUAGGUUGUUUUUUAUAAGUGUAAC